GAAAUGCAAUGGCGGAAGCAACACCCAAAAAACACCAAACUGAACACUGGAAGCGUUUAGACAGUGUACAGGACGCAGAGAGCUUACGACAGGAAUCAGUCAAUGCAAAACAUCAUCAUUUAAUUACUGAAAUCGAAACCUCAGACGGUCCUCUUGCUACAACGUUACGAGCUGUGUAUGAUGAUGAUGAGCUUAACAAGUUUGAACACUUGCUGGACAGCACAAUUAAGUCACAUGACCGGGAAAUCGAGCGCAUGUGUAAUUACCACUACCAGGGCUUCAUUGACUCAGUUAGGGAAUUACUUCAAGUCAGCACUGACGCUGCUCACCUCAGGGGUGAAAUAGAUGCCACAAAUACUGCACUACAGGUGUCAUGUGAACCGUUGAUGGCGAAAGGUGAUCAUUUGGUUCGUUGUCGACGGGUGCAGAAAAAUAUUGCAUCAGCCAUAGAGCAACUGUCGUUAUGUCUUCCAGUUUUGGAAAUGUAUGGUAAACUACAGGAUCAGAUGAAAGAUAAAAGAUUUUACCCGGCUUUGAAGACGCUGGAACAGUUGGAGCAUACAUAUCUUCCACGUGUAAGCACGCAUUGGUUCUCCGAAACAAUGACUGAAGCAAUACCGCAGCUACGGAAUCGUAUAAAAGAGGCUUCCAUGAUAGAUCUGAAAGACUUCCUUGAAAAUAUUCGCAAACAUUCAGCUAAGAUUGGCGAGGUUGCAAUGAGACAUGCAGCAGAACAGAACAACAUGGAUCCAUCCAUAGUAAAGAAGAAAGUAAAGAAACGUAAAGCUCCUGCCCCACCUAACCCCUUCACUGGAGAGAGGGAGGAUGAGGCUUCACAGGAUUUACAUGUCUCAGACAAUGAGGAGGAGGAAGAGGAGCUUAGUGCACAAGAUCUGAUUGAUUUUUCACCUGUAUACAGAUGUCUGCAUAUAUACACAGUUCUGAGUGAUCGUGAAAAUUUUGAGACAUACUACAGAAAACAGAGGCGAAAACAAGCACGUCUUUCCCUUCAACCACCUCCAAAUAUGCAUGAUUCAAUAGACAGUUACAAGAAAUACUUCCACGAUAUUGUAGGGUUUUUUGUAGUUGAAGAUCAUAUACUUAGUACAACACAAGGUCUAGUCAACCGUGCCUACAUGGAUGAAUUGUGGGAAACUUCAGUUAGCAAAAUAGUCGCAGUUCUCAGAACUAAUUCAGCCCAGUGCAAGGAAGGCAGUAUGAUGUUGGAAAUAAAGAAACUUAUAGUAUUGUUUUGUCAUACAUUAAAGGGCUAUGGGUUUAGUGUUGGUCAUCUUCUAGAGUUACUGCUUGAACUAAGGGACCAGUACAGUGAUACAUUAACAAGACAAUGGGUGGGGGUGUUUAAUGGUAUAUUUGUGGAGGAUAACUACACACCAAUAUACAUCGAGAACGAAGCUGAAUUUAUAUCUGUGAUAACCCAGUUCCCAUUUCAAGAUGAGGAACUUCAACAAGCACCGUUUCCGAAGAGAUUUCCAUUUUCCGAGUUUGUUCCAAAUGUUUAUAACCAAGUUAAAGAAUAUAUCAAUGCUUGCCUAAAAUUCUCUGCUGAUUUACAUUUAAGUCAUACAGAAAUUGAUGAUAUGAUACGAAAGUCAACAAACCUGCUGUUAACUCGUACACUGAGUGGAUGCCUUUCAUCUCUUAUAAAGAGACCAAAUCUCAGUCUUUUACAGCUUAUACAGAUAUCAAUUAACAUGAAUUAUCUUGAGAAAUCCUGCACACAUUUAGAGGAAUAUAUCUCUAGUAUAACUGGUGCUGAGAAAGAUAGUGUACAUGCUGCCAGAUUGCAUGGAACUUCAAUGUUUAAGGAUGCAAGAAGUGAGGCAGAAGACUAUAUCUACAGAAAGCUCAAUCAGAAGAUCGAUGAAUUCCUGGACCUAGCUGCAUAUACGUGGAGUCAGUCGGAACCAAGUGGAAAUCCCAGUGGUUAUUUGAUGGAUCUGGUAGCUUUUCUGCAGAGUAUAUUUAUGUCCUUCACCAACCUGCCGAGAUUAUUUUGUCCUAUUCGGGAGAAGGUAGCAAAGACUGCGUGUAUGUCAGCGUGUAAACACAUUGCUCAAAGCUUGAUGGACUUCUUGCUGGAUAACAAUGUCCAGUUAAUGACUCCUCAUGCAUUGCAACAAUUUAACCUUGAUAUUACACAGUGCGAAGAGUUUGCAGCUUCAGAACCAGUACCGGGAUUCAAUGAUGGUACAUUGCAGCUGGCAUUUGCUGAUCUAAGACAGUUGAUGGAUCUGUUUCUGAAGGAUGACUGGUCUACAUAUCUCAAUGAAUAUGGCAACCCAAAAGCCAAGUAUAGCCGUGUUCAACCUCAUGUUGCUAUCAGUAUCAUGGAAAAGUUAAGUAACUCUGAGAAGAAGAAAACAAAAGUUUUUGCAUCAUUGAAGAAGAAUGAAAGAGACAAGAAGAAAUUACAAGAGCUGGUCUUGAAGCAGUUAAAAGGACUUGUAAAUGGACAGCCUGCAGCACAGAGCUGAGUGUGUGAUAAUGUGUACAUCUUUCAACCUUAUUUAUGAGAUUAUUGUUGCUUUAUCACCAUUGGAGCAGUUCAAUACAGAACUGAAAAACUACUGUUAAAAAUCAUCUAUGUAACAGUAAUGUGUUCAGCUUAGGAAAGCAGGUACAGGCAUGUAAUCAGAUGCUGAAAUACACAGACCCUCACUGGGUAGAUGUAGAAUUCUUCCUUAUAAAAAAGCUACCCAAUUGGCUUGUAGAAGGUUGUUGGUUCUGCUCCUGUACUCAUGUGUUCCUGAAAUAAUAUAUGGAGGGGUGCUUGGAUCUUCCUCCUCCAUAGAAGUCUGGACAAGUGAACAUAUGACUUACAGACAUGUUAGUGUUACUUAAAACCCAAACAAAAGACAAAAAUCCACUGAGGCAGAAACUUUCAAGGGAGUCUGAGGACAUGUACCUCUAAAUGCAUGUGGUUUGCUUUUUGUAUGCUUGAUGGGAAGCAUCAUGUGAUGGCAGUGGUCUUCCAGCGUUUUCUCUAUGAUCCUCAAACUUGGCAGGCAGUGUAAAGGUCAAGGUCACAUUGACAGUUUGUUAUAUUUUGAGAAAGACACUACAGUUCAACUUGACAAGUACUUAGUGGGUUAUCCCUAACACUUUUGAGGUCAGUGGGUCCUAGGUCAAGUUCAUAGUGACCCUUAGUACCAAAAGAACAUUCACCAUGGACACAUACUGAUUUUGAGGGUUUCAUAGUCACAGUUGCUGUUGUGGUAAAUUGUCGGAUAGAAAUAUCAUGUGCUGCUGGUUUUCAGUUUAGUUUCUUGUCAAUACCCAAAAUGCUUUGACCUUGAUAGGCGUACUUGUCCCGGUACAACAGUGCUAAUUGUUGUUGAGGUAGUUGGGCAUGGUGUGCAUUAUCUUAGCUGUGUCCUUGAAACAUAUUUUUUGGACGUAUAUACAUUUUUAGCUCACCUGUCACAAAGUGACAAGGUGAGCUUUUGUGAUCGCGUGGCGUCCGUCGUCCGUGCGUGCGUCCGUCAGUCCGUGCGUAAACUUUUGCUUGUGACCACUCUAGAGGUCACAUUUUUCAUGGGAUCUUUAUGAAAGUUGGUCAGAAUGUUCAUAAUGAUGAUAUCUAGGUCAAGUUUGAAACUGGGUCACAUGCGGUCAAAAACUAGGUCAGUAGGUCUAAAAAUAGAAAAACCUUGUGACUCUCUAGAGGCCAUAUUUUUCAUGAGAUCUUCAUGAAAAUUUGUCAGAAUGUUCACCUUGAUGAUAUCUAGGUCAAGUUCGAAACUGGGUCACAUGGGGUCAAAAACUAGGUCAGUAGGUCUAAAAAUAGAAAAACCUUGUGACCUUUCUAGAGGCCAUAUUUCUCAUUGGAUCUUCACGAAAAUUGGUCAGAAUGUUCACCUUGAUGAUAUCUAGGUCAAGUUUGAAACUGGGUCACGUGGGGUCAAAAACUAGGUCAGUAGUUUAAAAAAUAGAAAAACCUUGUGACCUCUCUAAAGCCCAUAUUUCUCAAUGGAUCUUCAUGAAAAUUAGUCAGAAGGUUCACCUUGAUGAUAUCUAGAUCAAAUUCGAAACUGGGUCACAUGUGGUCAAAAACUAGGUCAGUAGGUCUGAAAAUAGAAAAACCUUGUGACCUCUCUAAAGGCCAUAUUUUUCAUGAGAUCUUCAUGAAAAUUGGUCAGAAUGUUCACCUUGAUGAUAUCUAGGGCAAGUUUGAAACUGGGUCACAUGGGGUCAAAAACUAGGUCAGUAGGUCUAAAAAUAGAAAAACCUUGUGACCUCUCUAGAGGCCAUAUUUCUUAAUGGAUCUUCAUGAAAAUUGGUCAGAAUGUUCACCUUGAUGAUAUCUAGGUCAAGUUCGAAACUGGGUCACAGUCAGUCAAAAACUAAGUCAGUAGGUCUAAAAAUAGAAAAACCUUGUGACCUCUCUAGAGGCCAUAUUUCUCAAUGGAUCUUCAUGAAAAUUGGUCAGAAUGUUCACCUUGAUGAUAUCUAGGUCUAGUUCGAAACUGGGUCACGUGCGGUCAAAAACUAGGUCAGUAGGUCUGAAAAUAGAAAAACUUUUUGACCUCUCUAGAGGCCAUAUUUUUCAUGGGAUCUUUAUGAAAAUUAGUCAGAAUGUUCAGCUUGAUGAUAUUUAGGUCAAGUUCGAAACUGGGUCAUUUGCGGUCAAUAACUAGGUCAGUAGAUCUAAAAAUAGAAAAACCUUGUGACCUCUCUAGAGGCCAUAUUUUUCAUGAGAUCUUCAUGAAAAUUGAUCAGAAUGUUCAUCUUGAUAUCUAGGUCAAGUUCGAAACUGGGUCACGUACGGUCAAAAACUAGGUCAGUAGGUCUAAAAAUAGAAAAACCUUGUGACCUCUCUAGAGGCCAUAUUUCUCAAUGGAUCUUCAUGAAAAUUGGUGAGAGUGUUCAGCUUGAUGAUAUCUAGGUCAAGUUCAAAAGUGGAUCAUGUGCGGUCAAAAACUAGGUCAGUAGGUCAAAAAAUAGAAAAACCUUGUGACCUCUCUAGAGGCCACAUUUUUCAUGAGAUCUUCAUGAAAAUUGGUGAGAAUGUUCACCUUGAUGAUAUCUAGGUCAAGUUCAAAAUUGGGUCACAUGCCUUCAAAAACUAGGUCAUUAGGUCAAAUAAUAGAAAAACCUUGUGACCUCUAGAGGUCAUAUUUUUCAAUGGAUCUUCAUGAAAAUUGGUCAGAAUUUUUUAUCUUGAUGAUAUCUAAGUCACAUGUGCUCAAAAACUAGGUCACUAUGUCAAAUAAUAGAAAUAACGACGUCAUACUCAGUUCAAAACUGGGUCAUGUGGGGAUAGGUGAGCGAUUCAGGACCAUCAUGGUCCUCUUGUUGUCAUAAUAUUCUCAGUUAAACAGACUGUUAAGAAGACAAAAGAUAGAAAACUGAGGCACAGUUAAAACUUUUCUUUGCUGCAGGGUAGUAAUAGUGAUAGUUGAGAUGUUGUUUGCAAAUUGAGCCCAGUUGGCUACUUAUUUGUGGAAAAUGCUGAAGAUCAGUUUUCUGUUUCAAGGUAUUCAUCAGAUAAUUAAGUCCGGACAAUAGACUCAAAAUGAUAAAUUUUGUAUUACUCUGUCUUUGUCAAAUUAGCAAAGGCAGUAAUGAAACUUUGCAUGAAUACACAUUUUACAGCUACAGUCAGCUUUGAAAUUUUUUUAUCACCUUCAGUAUGUUAUAGACAAAGCUAUUUAGUCUUAUUCUAAGUUUCAUACUGUAAAUUAUUGAUGAAUAUGAACCCAUGUCCUUAUGGUGUAAACACUUUAAAGGUCUUGAACAAAACUGGAACAUUUAUAUCCCAUGAUAUUCAGUUGUGUAUCACCCAUAUCUUUGCCAUGUAAAUAUUUCCUCAAAAACUUGCCACAAAAAAAGAUAAUGUUGUUGUGAUUCUGCAGUUAUAUUUUAAUCCACAAAGAAGUAGCAUGAUUAACUUGUGUGUAACAGUAUGCACAAGAGACUGUGAUCAUUAUUUGUUGCUACAGACUACACUGUUUUGCUGUAUCACCAUAUAGGCCAGUGUACAUGGCAUUAAGUUUUGUUUUUUGCAAAUAACGCUUAACUGAAUUAAAGUAGAAAUGUUUAAGUGGAGUCUAUGGUAAUUUUUUUUAUACCAUUCUCUUCAAAUUGGCAUUUCCUUAUAUUAUAAUUUCAGAUUUACGUCUCAUAUUAAUGGGCAUAAUAAUUUAUGCCAGCUGGCUAUUUGCAAAUUUUUUUUUCGUGCUUUUCAAAUCAUUGUUGAUUUCUGUGACAGACGAGUCAUUUUGUUGUUGUUGUUUUUAUGCAUUUGAUAACCAGUUUUUUUUUUUGGUUUGGGACAAUAUGGGUUAAAAAAAUUUCUCCCUUUUUUCUGAUUUUUUAGCUCACCUGUCACAAAGUGACAAGGUGAGCUUUUGUGAUCGUGCGGUGUCUGUCGUACGUGCGUCCGUGCGUGCGUCCGUAAACUUUUGCUUGUGACCACUCUAGAGGUCACAUUUUUCUUGGAAUCUUUAUGAAAGUUGGUCAGAAUGUUCAUCUUGAUGAUAUCUAGGUCAAGUUCGAAACUGGGUCACGUGCCGUCAAAAACUAGGUCAGUAGGUCUAAAAAUAGAAAAACCUUGUGACCUCUCUAGAGGCCAUAUAUUUCAUAAGAUCUUCAUGAAAAUUGGUCAGAAUGUUCACCUUGAUGAUAUCUAGGUCAAGUUUGAAACUGGGUCACGUGCCUUCAAAAACUAGGUCAGUAGGUCUAAAAAUAGAAAAACCUUGUGACCUCUCUAGAGGCCAUAUAUUUCACAAGAUCUUCAUGAAAAUUGGUCAGAAUUUUCAUCUUGAUGAUAUCUAGGUCAAGUUCGAAACUGGGUCACGUGCCUUCAAAAACUAGGUCAGUAGGUCUAAAAAUAGAAAAACCUUGUGACCUCUCUAGAGGCCAUUGUUUCACAAGAUCUUCAUGAAAAUUGGUCAGAACGUUCAUAUUGAUGAUAUCUAGUUUUUUUGCAGUUUUAUGAUGGUAUGAAUCAGUUGUAGUGAAAGCUCUAGUAUUAAAUCACUCCAGAAUGCAAUAUUUAUACAUUGUUGAGGUAGUGGUCUUAUAAUGACAAUUGGUAUUUUCCAUUUAAUUACAUAAAAUCUAUACACAGUUUUAAAAUUCUCUGUAUGCAAUUUUAGCAUUCUGUGUGUGUGUGUUUGGGUUUAACAUCUUUUUCAACAAUUUUUCAGUCAUAUAAACGACGGUGUCUACUUGUAGCAGUGAGCACUGUGCCCAACUUUAUAGUGCUGCCUCACUGGAAUAUCACGACGUAGACACAUGGCAUGAUACCCCACCCAGUCACAUUAUACUGACACCUGGCUAAUCAGUCCUAGCACUAUCCUCGUAAUGCUGAACGUCAAGCGAGAAAGCUACUAGUACCAUUUUUAGCUCGACUAUUCGAAGAAUAAGUAGAGCUAUCCUACUCACCACGGCGUCAGUGUCGGCAUCGGCGUCACACCUUGGUUAAGUUUUUCGUACCAGUCCACUUUUUGACAAAGUCUUUUGAGAUAAAGCUUCGAAACUUUCAACACUUGUUUACCAUCACCAUGGCCAGUUAUAGGCAAGAGCACAGAACUCUAUCAAGGAUUUUGGCUGAAUUAUGGUCCCUUUUGACUUAGAAAUCAUGGUUAAGUUUUUCGUACCAGUUCAUAUUUUGGCAAAGUCUUUUGAGAUAAAGCUUUGAAACUUUCAACACUUAUUUAGCAUCAACGUGUCUAGUUAUAGGCAAGAGUACAUAACUCCAUCAAGGAUAUUGGCUGAAUUAUGGCCCCUUUUGACUUUGAAAUCUUGGUUAAGUUUUUCGUACCAGUUCAUAUUUUGGCAAAGUCUUUUGAGAUAAAGCUUUGAAACUUUCAACACUUAUUUAGCAUCAACGUGUCUAGUUAUAGGCAAGAGUACAUAACUCCAUCAAGGAUAUUGGCUGAAUUAUGGCCCCUUUUGACUUUGAAAUCUUGGUUAAGUUUUUCGUACCAGUUCAUAUUUUGACAAAGUCUUUUGAGAUAAAGCUUUGAAACUUUCAACACUUGUUUACCAUCACCAUGUCCAGUUAUAGGCAAGAGCACAUAACUUCAUCAAGCAUUUUAGCUGAAUUAUUGCCCUUUUUGACUUAGAAAUCUUGGUUAAGUUUUUCGUACCAGUUCAUAUUUUGGCAUAGUCUUUUGAGAUAAAGCUUUGAAACUUUCAACACUUGUUUACUAUCACCAUGACCAGUUAUAGGCAAAUGUACAUAACUCCAUCAAGGAUUUUGGCUGAAUUAUGGCCCCUUUCUACUUAGAAAUCUUGUAUUAAAGUAAGUUUUCCGUACCAGUUCAUAUUUUGUGUAAAGUGUUUGACAUCUGGCUUUGAAACUUUUAUCACUUAUUCAGUAUAAUAGUUUAUAUCUGUAGGAAAGAGUACAUAACUCUGUCAUCUAUUUUGGCUGAAUAACAGCCUUUUUUGGACUUGGAAAUCUGUUCUGCUUUCAUACAAGUCUAUGUUUUGUCAAAACUAUUUGACAUAUAGCUUUUAAACUUUGAACACUUGUUUAUCAUUAUGAUUUCCAUCUGUAGGCAAGAGUACAUAACUCUGACAACUAUUUUGGCUGAAUUAUGGCCCUUUUUGGACUUUGAAAUUGGUUCACACAUUGCCAUUUAGUGCAAGACUUACCGAAAUCCACAAAUACUGGAACAUUGUCUAAUCUAUUUUUUUCUUUUGUCUGAAUAUCUAUGUUAAUAUUUUGACCCCGUUAUUCAAUCAAUUCUUCGAAUAGUCGAGCGCGCUGUCAUCAGACAGCUCUUGUUUACGUCUUUGGUGUGGUUACGGAAAAGCAAAUAUUUGUUAUAGUUGAAGGAUGCUGAAAUAGCGUAUGAUUGUAAGAAAUCACACAGAAAUUGUGGAUUGUUAUUACAGGUCCACAACCUUAAAUAUGAGCUGUAAACAAACAAUUAAUUACAUUUGAGCCACGCCAUGAGAAAACCAACAUCGUGCGUUUGCGACCAGCAUGGAUCCAGACCAGCCUGCGCAUCUGUGCAGUCUGGUCAGGAUCCAUGCUGUUUGCUAACGAUUUCUCUAGUUGCAAUAGGCUUUGAAAACGAAUAGCAUGGAUCCUGACCAGACUGUGCGGACGUGCAGGCAGGUCUGGAUCCAUGCUGGUCGCAAACGCAAUGUGCUGGUUUUCUCAUGGCGUGGCUCAUUUGGAUAUACUAAUGUACCUACCUGUACAAUACUUUUAUCAGUGAAUAUUAUGCUGAAUAGUUUUGGUGAAACAUAAUUGUGAUAUCGAUAAAUAUAAUUGUUUUAUACUUGUAUAUAUAUCACAUAGGUACGUUUUGGUGAAUACAUCAAUAUAUGUAGGUGAUCAUGAUAUAACUAGCUGAUUUUAAGGAAAAAAAACUGUUUUUUUUUGUGUUUUGUAACAUGUAUUUUAUUAGCUGACCAGAGCAGAACAUGCUCAAAGGUGAGCUAUUGUGCUCACUCACCGUCUGUCACCUGUCCAUUAUCUGUCUGUCUGUCUUUCAACAAUUUCUUUAAACAUCAUCUCAUUAGUUGAAAAUGGAUUAUCCUUAUAUGGUCCUGUUUUCAGAAUUGUCCUGCUGAUUGUACAUUGGCGCCACCAGAGCAAAAAAUAGAAAAAUCUUCAAACAACAUCCUCUUCCAAUUAUUCAGAUAUGUCAAAAAAGGUGGGGAAGUCAUAGCUUUUCUAUAUAUGAAAUAGUAUAAAAAUAUUUUUACACUCGAGGUUUCCUUUGUGACACUUUACAAGGAUGAUUAAAACUUAUUCUGAUUUAUCAAAAAAAAAAAAAUGUUUGUCAAAAGUCUUCAAAUAACAUGGAAAGUUUUGGUCUGAUUUUGAAAUAAUUUGCAGAAUCAUUCCUUGGAUGUCCGCAGGGAUCAUCCUACAAGGCGAUUUGAGCGAUAUCGUCGCUUUAAAGUUGGCCACUUCGCCUAAUUAUUGCCUCCGGGCGAAAUCCGAAUCGCCGAGUUUUUCAGCGAGUUAUUAUCUGUUUACUUAAAGUUGUAAAACUUGAUGCAUAUUCUAGAUUAAAUUAUCGAUAAAUCCAAAGUCAACCCCGCCUACUCGCCUGUCAAACUUCAGCCAAUCGUAGCGUUAAUAUCCAACAGUGUCAAUCAAUAAUAUUGUAAGCCGCCGCCAUUUUGAAAAUUUUCAAUCUGCGUGUAAAAAGCCGAUAAACUUAACGAGAGCAUGAUCUUCUGCAACAAUUGUAUAUUAUUCUUUCAUUUUAUUAAAGAUUACUUCAAAAAUUAUUUCAAUUACCAUGAUUACGGCCAAUUUCUGUAAAUGGAUUGCUGGGGUACUGCGGAUAAAAAAUGAUUUCGCGACAGAACAGCCGUACAAAAUAUUGUAAAAAGAUGGUCAUUAUCUACAAGUUUGGUAUCAUUUUCGAAAGAAAUAAUAUAUAAAUUAAUUAAAUGUAUCAAUCUGAACAAGUUGAUGCAAAAAUCAGGCAUUAUAAAAGCACGAGAAUCGAACCAUGAAUGAAAAUUUUCACUGCAUUUUGAUCGUGCACCUGAUAAAUUUACGAGUUUCGGAUGUGUAACUUUCGGAUAAAAAUUUAAAGGCGACUUUUUCAUAGCUAAGUUUAUACUUUAUUUAGAAAUUCAUGAAAAUGAUAAUGCAAAGAUCAAUUUCCUUAAAUAAUUACUGUUUAUAGGUUACAGCUAGACCCAUAGAAAGUGGAUAUAUUAGGCAGGAAACUGAAUGCUAUGCCGAUUCUUCUCCUUAAAUUCCUCAACUUCUCCCUAAAUUCUGUGGAGGGAGAAGUCACUUCUCCCUAAAAUUUUGACCUAGGAUGAUCCUUGUGUCCAUCUAUAAACAGUGUUUAUUCUGAUUUGUUAAAAUACAUGGAUGGCCAGACUUAAAUUUAAAAUGCUGUCUCUACCUAUACCUCUGGUAUGGUUUUAAAAUAUUUUCACUGAAAUGAUCCCUGGCUGACCAUCCAAAAAGAGUGUUCCUAUAUAUAUCUAUAUAUAAACAUAGCCACAAGAGCUAAAAAUAAAAAAAUCUUAAACACUCCGUUCCAACCACUGGUCCAAUUUUGAAAUGUGUCUUUGGUGACCCUCUACUAAAAUUAUUCAAAAACCAACUUGAUUUAUCUAAAGAAAAGCAUGUCUGCCAAGAGGGGGGUCUACUUUUCCCUAUGUGGCACUGUGGAAAACUUCUAAAAAAUUCUCACCUGAAUUAUGGGUCAUUUAUCAGAGUAAUUUUUCAGAAAUUUUCCUUCCUAAACUUGUUUGAGCUAUGAAACUCUGGUGAGUGAUACAGGGUGAUCUUGCUCUCUGUUUAUAUAGCAAGCAUAAUUACUGUACAUUUCUACAGAUAUUUUAGGACCUGUAACUAGUCACCAUUGUCAAGUUGUUAUUAAAUGAAAUGUAUAAUUAUAUAUUGGACCAUACCAUGUAUUAAAUGAUGCACAUUUUCCCACCAGAUACACUGCCUUUUGUCAAAGGCUGUGUGGUUUAUAUGUGAUAUUGUAAGCAUUAAUUUUUCAACCGAAUCACUUGCUGAUGGUAAAUACUGUAUACUCUGCGGUACUUUUCGGACGCUUUUAUUUUGUUGAUUUAACAGUCAGCAACCUUUUAUGCAUUUGUACGAAUUCCUGACUAGUACCUAGUUUCAUUAUCUCAACACAAAAGGAAGUUUUACAGAUGGUUGGUCGUGCAAUUUGUGAGUCAGUCUGUAACUGAAGAAUUCAUGACAUGAACUACGGAAGGUUGUGGUUCUGCCCAGGCGCCCGCCCAUGGUGAAAUAAUGCACAGAGUGGCACCUGGGGUCUUCCUCCACUAUUACAGCUGGGAAGUGUCCUUAUGACUUAAAAUUGUUUAGGUGCGACAGUAAACCCAACAAAAAACAAAAACAUGAACUACACAUAGAAUUCCAAUGAAACUUCAUGCACAUGAUCACCACAUUUCCUAUGUCAAAGUGGUAUAUUGCAGGGGUAUUAAUUAAAUUCAGUGAUAGCUCUAGUUUUAUCAUGAAAAGUUGGUCAAAGUUCAUGCCAGUUUUAAUUUUUUUCCCCUAAACCACAAAUACUACCAGAUAUAGUGUAUACAUGAUAUUGUAAAAAUGUGGGAUAUAUAUAAAUAUUGAUUUUUGAAUUGAAAGUAAUCUUGAGGUUUUUGCUAGCAGAAAGACAGAUAUUAUAAUUAUUUAAUGUGAUAUAUCUUUAAUAUAAACUGAAUUGUUUUAAACUAUAUGAUUAUGAUUCAUUCUAUGCAAGGUGUUAUAUUUUAGUUUAUGUGCCAUAUGCAUUCUGUUCAAAUAACUGUAUUAAUUGACAAAUACUCUUGGACUUUUUUUUGUGGGAGGCAUUAGUUGAGAUUUCAGAAUGUGUAGACGUAUGUAUUUUAAAUACCUACCUAUAAUACUAAAAAUUGUCAAAUAUAUUAAGUGGAUGACUUCACUCUAUGUAAAUUUACAUGGUUUUGAACAAAAUUAGGUUUUUAAAAUGUAUACCAUAUUUAAAUCUGGUUAAGCUUAAAAUAUUGUGAACUUUCCUAUCACAAGCACUGAAAUAUUGAAUAAAAAUACUUCUGGGACAUAAUAUAUGUUUACGCAUACGAAAUCUCAUAUUAUGUUAUUGUUAUACCUAACAAUAUCAGUGAUGUAUAUGUCUUUUACAUAAUGUAAAUCAAUAAUAAUGUGUAACAUUGUAUUAUAUACUAUGAACUGUUUUAACCGUUGGACACAAUUGGUUCCGCCUUUGCGAUCAGUGUAGAUCAUGAUCUGCUCUGUUCAGUCAGUAUCUUUUUGGUAAGCAUCCCUUUUAACAGUUAGUGGUACUGUCCAAAUUGGAAGAUGGACAAAUUCAUUAUAGAAAUUUAGCACGGUCAGGCUUAAAACCUAAAGUUGGACUUUAUCUGAUAUGUUGAGGAAAGUUUUUGACAUGCUACUAGGAAGUUACAGCAGUCAGUAACUUUUACUGCAUAGGUCUUCAUGUGACAGUCGUUCAGCUGCCUUUCGGAAGGUUGGUGGUUUUACCCUGGUGCCCACCUGUGCUUGAAAUGAAGCUAUAUGUCACCAUAUGAACUUUGUUGAUGUGAAUUUAAAAAAAAACAGAAUUCAGUCAGGUCAUUAUCGUUUCUUUGCCAUGCUGCUUCCUGUGUUAUUGUUAUGAAUUCAGUGCAAUAUGUUUGUAUAUAGUUAAGUGCUUGUUUAUUUGUUUAUUUUAUACGAGGAACAUUAGAAUAUUACCUUUAUCGGACUUCAAGUAAAGCUUCGUGAUUGGAACUUAUUGCCAAAACUGGGACAGAUAAAUUGCCUUGGGCAUUUUUAUGUCUCCAACAUGCAAUGGGGGAGACAUAUUAAUUUUUUGCUGUCUGUCUGUCUGUCACAGAGUUUGUCCACGUAACUUUUCUGGACAAAUUUACACCAAACUUCACAACAGUGAUCAUUUCCAAGCCUAGUUAUGCAUAUCAUCGGCAUUUUACGGUUUGAUUUUCAGCAGAGUUAUGGCCCUUGAUUAGCUGUAUUUUUACUUUGUACGAACAACUGCUGUGAUACCACCAUUAGGAAUUACACCACUCCACAAAAGUGGUCAUUGCCAAGUCCAGUUGUGCAUGACAUGGACAUAUUCUGGUUUGGUGUUUUUCAGCAGAGUUACCUCCCUUGAUCCAUCUGAUUUUAUGAUUCUAAAGUUCAUUCUCUUGUAUGAUAGGGCAGAUUUCCACCAAACCUUACAAGAGUGGUCGGUGCCAAUUCUUAUACAUAUUAUCGGCAUUGUCUGGUUCAGGGAUUUUAAGGGGAGUUUGUCAAAUUUAUGAUAUUUUUGCAACUUCUCUUACACCAUUGAGCAUACUUUUACAAAACCUUACAAGAGUUAUCAGUGCCAAGCCUAGUUAUACAUAUCACAGGCAUGUUCUGUUUCAGUGCUUUUCAGCAGGGUUAUGGCCUUUGAUUUGUCAUAUUUUACAGUGUUUACACAAUUGGGCAGAUUUUCACCAAACCUCACAAGUGAUUAAUGUGAAGCAUGGCAGUACAUAUUAUCAUCAUGUUCUGAUUAAAUUAUUUUCGGCAAAGUCGUGCCCCUUGAUUUGUCAAAUUCUUUAAUCUUUGCUAGUUCUCCGAUACCACCAGUUGGAAUUCCACUUAACUUCACACAAGUAACCACUGCCAAGCCUAGUUGUACAUAUAGUUGGAAUGUAAUGGUUCAGUAAUUUUCCCUGAAGUUAUGGCCCUUAAUUUGUGGCAUUUUACAAUUUGUGUGUGGUGAGUGGCGGGAGAAAUACAUUUUUCUUUUGUUAAAUUUUAACACAUUUCAGUACACUUACAUGAAAACUUAAAAUCUGCAUCUCAGUCAUUCUCAGAUAACAGAUGCCUGUCCUUGUUUGUCUUUGGACUAUAUCAUAUCUCUUACAGAAGAGUAAGCCUGCCUGCUUAUCUCAGUAAGGAGAGCGAAGAUCUACAGAUCGUGGGUUUGUGAGUUCGAUCCCAGAGCGGGGCAUACCGGUAUGUUCUACGUGACAAUUUGAGAAAAGACCUUUUUGUCUGAUAUCAUUCGUCCUCCACCUAUGAUUCAAGUGGAGAAGUUAGCAGUUACUUACGGAGAACAGGUUUGUACUGGUACAGAAUCCAGGAACACUGGUUAGGUUAACUGCCCGCUGUUACAUGACUGAAAUACUGUUGAAAAAUGGUGUUAAACCCAAAACAAACAAUCUUACAGAAGAGUAUGCUUCUUGGUGGCCAAUGGAUGCAGGUCUAUUUAUAGAGCAGUUGAGAUCUCAAUAUGUGUAUGCAUACUUGUAGAAAAAAAAUAAUUUGGAGACGUACAUAUGCAUACUAGUUGGGAAAUUUGGUAAUCAAUCCUCUAAACCCCAGAAUUAGGUUAACAGAUGUUUUUUGUAAAAUUUUUGUCGAAGAUCUUCUGAACUUCCCAUUUACUGAUUUUAAUACCAGCGAUCCUAAUUAAAUUUUAUGAUAGACUUCUACAGAUACCUACAAGUAUUAAAUCUCGAUGUCUCUAUUGAUAGAAUACAUUCUGAAUCAUUUCACUUAGUGUUGUUAUAAUUGUGUUCAAACUAAAGCCACCUUCGUUUGUCAAGAUAUCAUUGUAUGAGCGAUAUGGGCAAGACAAUGAUAUGUCAAUACAGAAUUUUGGAAUAUUGAUUUAAUAAAAGUAUGAAGAAAAUCAGGCAUAGAUUAAUAAAACAAAUGUUAACAGAUUAUUUAAAAAUAAAAUAAAAUAACUAUAUAAUUUGUAGAAUGCUUCCUUUUGUUUGAAAUCCUAAACAUUUCAAGGGUAAGAGAGAAUGUCUUUUUACUUAGAAAUUAACAGGGAUGGAUUUAUUUCAUCCUGCCAUUUCAAACAGAAGUCUGAUAGACAUGUUGAUGUACUGUGGAUAUUUAUUAUCAAUUGAUGUAUCAACAUUUCAGUCGGUGACUGCCUAGUUUAAACUGUUGUGCAUAUACAUACUUAUUGAAUUAUUGUGGCAUAUUUAUGAUUGAAUUAAUGAUUUUUAUCCUGUUCUGUUAUGAAACGGCUUAUUAAAUUCUUAAAGAAUG